AUGUCUUCAAAUACAACAAAAACAGAUGAAAAUAAUGAUCAAAUUGAUACAAAUGAGAGACAAAGUGAAUUAGCUAACUUAGCAGCUGAUGCUGAUAUACCUCUAGAUGAAUUGCUCAAAUUGUAUAAGAAGAAUGCAGCAACUAUUGAUAAUGAUAGAACAGAAGAUGAAGAAUCUUAUUCUUCAUCAGAUAUAUAUGAUGAUGAUGACGACAAUGAUGAUGAUCGUAAUGAUCGCAGACAGCAUUUACUUCAUGUAAAUGGAGAUUUAUUAUUAGAAGGUGAUGAUGAUACAGAAGACAGUUUAUACGAGCCCGAUAUUAUUAAGCUUAUUAAUGUUGGUGAUGAAUAUCAAGCACAAUUUGAAUUAAAGCCAGAAUUUGAUUCAUCGAACGAACAUUGUGAUGAGAGAGAAGUUCCAAUCGAUGAAGUACUUUGGUCUUCAACUUCUGCAAAUGAUGUUGAUAAUGAAAAUAUCGAUGAAUAUUUGAAAAAGAUUCAUACUGAAUAUCCAUCAUCUGAUGAUGAAAUAUCUCUUCAAACUCUUUACAAUUGUCAAUUAAAUACUGAUUUAGCACUUGUUAAAUUUCGUCAGUUAUCUACUAAAACUAUUUAUUCUUAUCCGACAUGGUCAUUUGAAGAAAUACGACAAUUUGAAGAAGGUCUACGUGAAUAUGGAAAGAAUUUUUUUAAAAUAUCUAUUUUUAAAUGUCCAAAUCGAUCGGUUCGUGAAUUAGUUUAUUUUUAUUAUCAAUGGAAAAAAAGUGAACGAUAUGAUUUGUUUAUCGAAGAACAACAACGUAUUAAUUCACUUAAUUCUGUGAGUGAUAUUAUUGAAAAAUUUAUUGAAGAACAAGAACAACAAUUAUGCACUGCAACCGGUGUAGUUGAUCCAACAAGUUCAUCCUCUUUUCUUUUGAAUGAUUUUAAAUUACAUACUCCACUAUCAUCAAAUUCUUCAAUCUCAUUUGUAACUAUUCAUCAACAAGAAACAACCACAACAACAACAACAACAAAACGAUCAUAUGACGAAGUAGAUAAUGAUCAUAAUGAAUCAUCAUCAUCAAAGAAAACGUCACUUAAUACACAUACUUCAUCAGCGGAAGCGACAGCAACUAUCGUAUAA